AUGCUGACUAAUCCUCCACUUUCAUUUGAGCAGUUUCCACCUCAAACCAUAGACUCGGCAGGGACAGCUCAGCCAAUGAAUUUUAACCAGAACCUGCUACCUAUGAGUGGAACCGCCAUUUCGGGACAGCCACAGGCGUUGAACUUGAGCGAUGCGUCAGUGGUCAACUCGCUUAGAAGCAAUAUCAUGGGCCAACACUCGCAUGCAGUAGUUGGCCUUGUACCUUCUCAUGAUCCUCACGAUGGCCACUACAACGAGUCUUCAGUACCAACUGGAAACGGCACCAACCAAAACCAGGAUGCCAAGAUUAAACAUGAGUACAUUCAAGAGCAGCAGCAGCAGCGAGCUAAUCUAAAUUACCCGCCAAAUGUGCCCUUUGACUUGAACUCGUAUCCACUUACAAACCCACCGAUUUUCGACUCGACUUAUAUGUUGCCCUAUUCGAAUGAUGGCAUCCCAAGAAGGAGGAGAGUUUCCAUUUCCAAUGGUCAGAUUGGCCAAAUCAUGAGCCACGAGGCCUUCUUUGAUGAUUUGGAAACUUCUGUUGACGAGGAAUUCACGAGCAAAUUCAACGAGUAUCAAUUAAACAAACCAGCAACGAGCAGUGCUCCCUUGCCUGACAAUGGCAACAAUAACAUUGGUUUAGUUCAUAACGGACAGGGGCCGUUGGGAUUAUCCCAAAAUCAAGUGCAACAGCCACACCCGCAUCAUAUCCAACACCAACAACAACAACAACAUCUUCAUCAUCAUCAACAGCUGUUGUCAAGAGCUCAAUCUCAGCAACUACCUGAUAUUUCUACUUCCACGGCAGCAGCAGCAGGAGGAGCCCCCAUCCAUUCGCAAGUUGCCGGAGUACCACCUCCAAACCAUCAACUCAUUUACAACAACGAAGUAAUAUAUAACCCGAACAACGGACCAAUCGUGGGAACAGCCGCCUGGAAAAAGGAGCGCUUGUUGCAGAGAAACCGUGUCGCGGCGUCUAAAUGUAGACAGCGCAAGAAAAACGCUCAGAUUCAACUCCAGGAUAGUGUGAACAAGAUGGAGGCGGAUUUAAAGAUGAAAAACGAAGAGAUUAACAAACUACAACUGAUUUUACUGCAGUACAAAAUGAAUAUUCGGAGAUAUUUAGAGACUGGUGAGCGGGAUGACAAGUUGUUGCGAGAUUUGAUUUGA